AGCACGGGAAUGUGCCUAUAGCCACUUUCAUUGCGUGUAUUGUAUCGAACAAAAAAAAAAUUAACGGACAAUAAAACACAUAAACUGGCAUUGAUAAAAUUUCUCCACAAUACCCGGAGUUAAACUCAACAAGUUACAAUAAACAUAAAAAUACAUACAUACAUAUAUAUAAUAAUAUUUAUAUUCCUACAUCUUACAGAUUGCGAAACCUAUAAAUAAUUUGACAAUCGAGUUGAAUCAUCAGUGCGUGGUUGUGCUGUUGUUAAUUUUAUUAAACAACAAUUAUAUCAUCACAGUUAUAUUAUGUCUUAGUUUUAUUUAUCAUCGUGUAAUGAGGACUCUUGCGCAAUUAACUGACACCAACAGUGACAUCCUCAGUGCAAUACCAAUCGCGAUGAAUUUCCUUUGAUAAUUAUGAUACAAUAACCUACAACUUGAAGUUAUUUUUUUUGUUAUUCCAAUCAGCGAGAAUUUCGUUGCUUGUCAACAGACGAAACGUUCGCUCAUACUCACUCAGUCAUUCGCUGUCUUCAUACUUAUUUAUAUAUAUAUAUAUACAUACAUAUGUAUAUAUAUAAAUAUACAUUGACUUAUAUAUAUAUUAUAUACAUAUAUCUAUGGUGUGUCACGUGAAAUUGUCAUCAUCGACGUCCUCGUCGUCGCUGUCCAUGUAUGAUUUGAAUUCAUCAUUUUUUAAAAAUUACAAAAAAUUAGAACCGACAGCUUUCAAAAAUUAUAUUCGUCCAUUUCAUUGAAACUCAAUGAAAAUAUUAGGACAGUACUUUAAUUUUUUUUUAUAACUUUAUUUUAAUUAACUUGGAUUUAAUUAUAUGAUUUGAUUUGGAUUUGAGUAGAUGGUGGUUUUGUUGAGGAAAUAAGGGAGAGUAAUUGUAAGAUAAAAUAAUAAGAAAACGAUGUCUCAGUUGAAUAUAAGCAGCGGGAAACGCGGCAGAGGAGUUGCAAGUACUUCUGCAGCAGCGGUGUCUGCGUCAAACAGCUCGACGGACUUAGCCAGUCUCUUUGAAUGCCCGGUCUGCUUUGAAUAUGUUUUGCCUCCUAUUUUACAGUGUCAGAGUGGUCACUUGGUUUGCAGUAAUUGUAGACCUAAAUUAACUUGCUGUCCUACCUGUCGAGGUCCACUAGGUAAUAUUCGUAAUCUUGCGAUGGAAAAAGUUGCAAGUAACGUAAUGUUCCCGUGCAAGUAUUCGACGAGCGGUUGCACAGUUUCUAUGGUGCAUAUAGAGAAGCCAGACCACGAAGAUGCGUGCGAAUUCCGUCCUUACAGUUGUCCGUGUCCUGGUGCUUCUUGCAAAUGGCAAGGCUCGUUAGAGGAAGUCAUGCCUCAUCUUGUUAUGAGUCAUAAAAGUAUUACUACAUUGCAAGGUGAAGAUAUUGUAUUUUUGGCUACUGAUAUUAAUCUUCCUGGUGCUGUCGACUGGGUUAUGAUGCAGUCAUGUUUUGGUCAUCAUUUUAUGCUUGUACUAGAGAAACAAGAAAAAUAUGAUGGUCAUCAACAAUUUUUUGCUAUUGCGCAGUUAAUUGGAUCUCGUAAACAAGCUGAAAAUUUUUCAUACAGAUUGGAAUUGAAUGGGAAUCGGCGACGAUUGACCUGGGAAGCAAUGCCAAGAUCGAUUCACGAAGGUGUCUGCUGUGCGAUACUCGCAUCCGACUGUCUCGUUUUCGAUACAUCAAUAGCGCGGCGUUUUGCUGACAACGGUAAUCUAGCAAUCAACGUUACGAUAUCUAUGGUAUAAAUAAAAUAAAAAAAAAAAGAAAACUUUUAAAUCUCUCAGUAACAAUAAUAAGCGUUUAAACUUUAGUAAGAAAAACAUUAAAUCUAAAAAUGAAAAUCGAUAAAUUAAUCAUUAUAUUUCAUACUUUUUCAUCUAAUACACUACUGUACUACGGCAGUAAAUUAUGCCUGUGUAUCUACAUGGCUGCGGACGAUUUGUUUUUCAUCUAAUAUUAAAUUUUAAAAUAUUUAUAUUCCCAGCGACCGAGUAAUCAUUUUUUAAAAUUAAAUAUUUCGACUCAGUUUUAAUUUUUGAAUAUUUAAAAUAAGCUGUCCUAAGUUCUCUUGAAGAACAACGAACUUGUGUGUAAAUUACAAUUAAUUAAUAAAUUAAUUUUUAAUAAAUUA